CCUAGGCUAAAUUUCACUUUUUUUUUUUCAGGAGGGAAACUUCACUAGCCUAGCUAGAUUUGUCUCGAGUUAGAUUUAAAAAAUUUGGGCUACCCCAGUGUUCUUUUAUAAAUAUAGAUAGUGAUUUUUAUCACACUGAAGGGAGUCCUCACGUCAUGUCUGGUAUAGCCUUAAGUCGUCUUGCACAAGAAAGGAAGGCCUGGAGGAAAGACCAUCCUUUUGGGUUUGUUGCUGUCCCAACAAAAAACCCAGAUGGAACAAUGAACUUGAUGAAUUGGGAGUGUGCCAUCCCUGGAAAGAAGGGGACCCCAUGGGAGGGGGGCUUGUUUAAACUCCGAAUGCUCUUCAAGGAUGACUAUCCUUCUUCACCUCCCAAGUGCAAAUUUGAGCCCCCUUUGUUCCAUCCAAAUGUAUAUCCCUCUGGUACAGUCUGUCUAUCGAUUUUAGAGGAGGACAAAGACUGGAGGCCAGCCAUCACUAUCAAACAAAUAUUGUUAGGAAUCCAAGAGCUCCUAAAUGAACCAAAUAUCCAGGAUCCUGCACAAGCUGAGGCGUAUACAAUUUACUGCCAAAACAGAGUGGAAUAUGAAAAAAGGGUUCGAGCACAAGCCAAAAAGUUUUCUCCAUAAAGCUUCAAGACUACGCAAGAUUGAAAUUGGUUUGCUGAGGAUUUUGUCUCUGCCCCCUUUAUGUCUGCCUCCAACAAUGUCCAUUGCGCACCUAUUUCCUGCUGGACUGUUUUAAAACUGAAUGUGUGCCAUUUCUGUCCUUCACCCACAUACUGAUGCACCCCUUUGCUUUUUUUGACUCGGAAGUCCUGGAUUUGAAGGUGGACUAUGCCGCCACCACAAAGGAUUUUCCGUACUCCAACUGUGGUAUUUCUUUUUCAAGAGCUCACGCUCGUCAGAAAAGACUGUAUGAAAUGGGAGUCACUUCUGUUGAUUUUUAUUAAUGUAUUCAAUGUUAGAAUUAUUUUGCCUACGUUCUGAUAAAGAUAUAGAAAAACAAGCUUCAAUGAAUCCAUUCAAAGGUAGUUUAGUGUAUCUGCAUCAGACUCUGUUAAGUUGUUUUGGUCCAAAUAUUUAGAUUUAAAUAAAAAUGUUUGUACCAAGUUAGUGUUAAUACAUGUAGAUGGACUCAGUUCCAUCUUUCCCAAUGCAUUGUGUUGCCAGUUGAAUGCUUGUUACUCUUGAAGGUUGACUUUGGGUAAAAGUAACUGCUUUAGUUGGUGUACCUGAUCAAAUCACAAUCUUUCAAGGUCAUUUAAUGCUUAAAAACAAAUGCUUGAAUAUGCGCUUUUGCUAUAGAAGUGUCAUUUAUCAAUUGCUUCUGUCCAAAAAACAAAUUCUGUGAAAUGACAAUACAUACUGGAUGAGUUACUGGCUCGUUGAAGUCGGCAGUUUACAUAAACUAAACACGGAGCCUAAACCGGCUGUGCGCGUGCUCCAUCGUGCAUUAAUUUAUUUGGUCCCCCAAUACACCAAACGCGAUCACGACACGCAGGUUAAAAUAUCAAACCAACCUCUGAACCAAUUACGUUAAUUUGGGAACAGGUCAAAAAGCAUUAAACCUUUAUGGCAAUUUAGUUAACUUGCACUUGCUAGCUAAUUUGUCCUUGGAUAUAAAUAUUGAGUUAUUUUACCUGAAAUGCACAAGGUCCUCUACUCUGACAAUUUAUUCAUAUAUAAAAUGGUGAACCAAAUCAUUUCUAGUCAUCUCUCCUCCUUCCAGGCUUUAUCAUCUUUGUAUUUAUAUGGCGAUUGGCAUCUAAACUUUAAUAGUAUUACUACACUGACCGGCAACACACUUCGUCUUUCAAUCACCCACGUGGGUAUAACCAAUGAGAUGGCACGUGGGUACCUGCUUCUAUAAACCAAUGAGAUGGGAGAGGCAGGAUUUGCAGCGUGAUCUGUGUCGGAAAUAGAAAGGAGUUCUAUUUUAGCCCUUGGCGACGCUCGUUAAUACGCGCAAGCAGUGUGGGUGCAAUAAUUGAAUAACAUAGAUUUCUACAUUUAUUUUGCAACGCGCAUGCGCUGUGAACGGUGUGGUCAGCCUAUUAGGUAGGAGUCAUUAAAACUAGUUUUUCAACCACUCCACAAAUUCCUUGUUAACUAUAGUUUUGGCAAGUCGGUUAGGACAUCUACUUUGUGCAUGACACAAGUAAUUUUUCCAACAAUUGUUUACAGAGACUAUUUCACUUAUAAUUCACUAUCACAAUUCCAGUGGGUCAGAAAUUUACAUGCACUAAGUUGACUGCCUUUAAACAGCUUGGAAAAUUCUAGAAAAUGAUGUCAAGGCUUUAGAAGCUUCUGAUAGGCUAAGUGAUAUCAUUUGAGUCAAUUGGAGGUGUACCUGUGGAUGUAUAUCAAGGCCUACCUUCAAACUCAGUGCCUCUGCUUGACAUCAUGGGGAAAUCAGCGAAGACCUCAGAAAAAGAAUUGUGGCCCUCAAGUCUGAUUCAUUCUUGGGAGCAAUUUCCAAACGCCUGAAGGUACCACGGUCAUCUGUACAAACAAUAGUAAGCAAGUACAAACACCAUGGGACCAUGCAGCCAUCAUACCGCUCAGGAAGGAGAUGCGUUCUGUCUCCUAGAGAUGAACGUACUUUGGUGCGAAAAGUGCAAAUCAAUCCCAGAACAACAGCAAAGGACGCUGUGAAGAUGCUGGAGGAAACGGUGCAAAAGUAUCUAUAUCCACAGUAACACAAGUCCAAUAUCGACAUAACCUGAAAACCCGCUCAGCAAGGAUGAAGCCACUGCUCCAAAACCGCCAUAAAAAAGGCAGACUAUGGUUUGCAACUGCAUGUGGGGACAAAGAUCAUAUUUUUUUGGAGAGAUGCCCUCUGGUCCGAUGAAACAAAAAUAGAACUGUUUGGCCAUAAUGACUAUCAUUAUGUUUGGAGGGAAAAGGGGGAGGCUUGCAAGCCGAAGAACACCAUCCCAACCGUGAAGCAUGGGGGUGGCAGCAUCAUGUUGGGGUGCUUUGCUGCAGGAGGGACUGAUGCACUUCACAAAAUAGAUGGCAUCAUGAGGUAGGAAAAUUAUGUGGAUAUAUUGAAGCAACAUCUCAAGACAUCAGUCAGGAAUUUAAAGCUUGGUCACAAAUGGGUCUUCCAAAUGGACAAUGACCCCAAGCAUACUUCCAAAGUUGUGGCAAAAUGGCUUAAGGACAACAAAGUCAUGGUAUUGGAGUGGCCAUCACAAAGCCUUGACCUCAAUCCUAUAGAAAAUAUGUGGACCGAACUGAAAAAACUUAUUGUGGGAAACUUGUGGAAGGCUAGCCGAAACGUUUGACCCAAGUUAAACAAUUUAAAGGCAAUGAUACCAAAUACUAAUUGAGUGUAUGUAAACUUCUGACCCACUGGGAAUGUGAUGAAAGAAAUAAAAGCUGAAAUAAAUCAUUCUCUACUAUUAUUCUGACAUUUCGCAUCCUUAAAAUAAAGUGGUGAUCCUAACUGACCUAAGACAGGGAAUUUUUACUAGGAUCAAAUGUCAGGAAUUGUGAAAAACUGAGUUUAAAUGUAUUUGGCUAAGGUGUAUGUAAACUUCCGACUUCAACUGUACAUCGGUCUCUGCAUGCAUGACCAGAAUGAACCACUAAAAGCACACCCCAUUUCUGUUUGAAAAUGGAGAAAGCGGAGGAGUUGGACUGUUUGUCGUGCCCAAAAUCUACCUUUAAAGCUGUUUUUGCACAGUAAGGAUACUGGAUUAUAUUAGUAAUAGGUUUUGGGUGACUGUCAGGACCGUUCAAACAAGACCGUACCUAUGAGACAAUCUAGUAACCCUACAUAAGGGACCCUUUUAAGGGAGGAUGUAACGGGUUUAUAGAUCCUGGCGGCCCAUGAUUUGUUGUUUUUGUUUUAGAUACAUUUUCUUAUUUUUUUGCACAUAAGAUUUAAACACCAAAAAUCAGUUCCAAGUGAUUUUAAUUUGAGAUCUGUUCCAAAGUAUUCCCACGCAUAAUAGAGAUGUGAUCGUUAGCAAGUUUUUAAAUUGUUUUGUCUAAUAUCUUUUGGGGAUUCUUGCGGUCUGCAAAUAUUUGUUAUGUUCCGGCCCCCUGACCAUCUGCUCAAGGAAAACUCGUCCCGCGCUGAAUCUAGUUGCACUAUCCCUUUAGCAUAGGGAUCGUUGAGAUUUUGGCAACUAAGACAUGUUAGCCAUGAGUUCAUCUGACUGGGCAGGUAGAAAAAGGCAAAAUAGCUUAUCCCUUUAAUCAAUAUAACUAGGGAAUAGUAAUUGACUUCUGUGUGUGUGCAUGUCACACCUUUUGAAAGAGGGAAUCCUCUUCAUUCUACGCUAACCCCAUGGGCCCUUAUGAUUGCGUUUCACAUUCUGGUUACAGCUAGCAAUUAACACAUCAUGCAAAUUUCAGGUUUUGUGAUGCAAAUUAUAUCAUUAGUGCAGUCACCGUCAUGCACACCAGCUAUAUAUACAUCCUGCUUUGUGCCAGAUUUGCUCAGGAACACAAAUCAGUGUUGAUAUUACAUGGCCAACAUGUUUAUCAGGCUGUGUGUUUUGAAGUGACUCAUUUCUGUCUGAUUGUCAUUGACAGACUGCCGAGUUUUUUGUUGUUGUUGUCCAUUAUUCCUUAGUUUCCUCUGAUCCGCCUCAAAUUGCUACUCUUACUGUGUACGUGAAUAAUAACCAACAUGAGUGUCGCUGUGUUGAUGAACCAAGCCGAUGCCAUAAGGUGUUCCUUGGGUUGAAGUGGCAUAAUUCUGUAAGUCAGAUUUCUAAUCAGCUCAGUUCAUCCACUAAGGCAAUCACUUUCAGAAAAUCUCCUUGGUGUCAUACUCGUUAAAAAGCAUGAUACAAACCUUGGUUACACCUCAGUGACAAGGUGGUGUGUUGUGGAUGGCUAUUGAUUUAGUCAGUGUUAAGUCAAUGUUUGCUACUUGUGCUGUUUUGACAACCCCACAUUAAUAAAACAUGGGAUGUGGAUCAGCUCAAAUAGCACUACUGAAAAUAAUUUCAGGGUGAGAACAAAAAACUGGGUGACAUGGAAGAGCGUUAAUGACUAUCUGCAGUGUGGCUUUAUGGGACGUCAUUAAACAUGGAUUUAAGCUAA